AUGUCCGAGUGCUUCGAGUUCUCGUCAUCUAUGACAGGAUCGACGAACACGGGGCCUCUGCAGCCCCAGAAGGAUUCCUCGCCCCUUCCAGCCCAGCUGUCACCCUUCGAUCUCUACACGACACCCGAGAGUCCGUCACGCCGAGGUCAUCGUCAGCGACAUCCUCGAAAGAUGACAUUGACCUCGCCGAACGGACAACCUAUACAGCUCACCCCGCUCUGGGAACACGUGGUACGAACACGAAAGUUCCCAAACGAGGUCGACACCCGUCUGACGUUCCUGGAGAUAUCGGAGAGACUGCGUGAUCCGGAAUGGGAGGUGCGUCAGCACGCUCUUCGCGUGCUCAUAGACGUGCUGCCGACUUUGAACGCUGACAUCGUGGACAAGGUCAUGCAACCAGUGGUGCCGGAGCUGGUCAAUAAUUUGGGCCACCCAGCUCCCGCUGUUCGUAAAGGCGCCCUGGACGCCCUAAGGGUUUUUCUGAUUCACAGCCGCGACAGAGAGAAUACGAUCAAACGAAUUCUUCAGGAUGGUCUGAACCGAUCAGAAGUGCGGGACUCCUUUCAGACGAACGUCACCACAGGUGUGAUCCUCAGUGUGCCAUCUCUUCUGUUCCCAUCUUCGAGCAGCUCCUUACCGAGCACCAAACUGGUGAAAGACGCGACAAUCGCGCUGGCCUCGCGACUGGCCCAGGUGCCGCAUCAGGAGGCUGUACUGAAAUCGUUGAUGAAGAUCCGCGACGCUGUUGGCGUCGAGGACUUCGAGGGCUACCUCGAGGACUACGACAAUAAGCUGAAACGUAACAUCGAGAUACUGUCGAAGAUCUACAAUAUAAAGUCCGGCAAGAAACCCCAGAAGAAGGCGAACAACGCCGAUGACAGGAGUAUCGAGAAGACUGGGAAAGAUCUGGAACAUCGCAAGUGGGAGGAAAGCGACAGCGACACUUCCGGUAUCGUUGAGGAAGAGGACGAAGUAAACAACAGCGCCAUGCCGGCGGCAAGAGUGGUACUGGAGACGGAGAUUAAGUUCAACGAGGAAACUGCAAUCACGAUGACCAUCUUGGAGGAAAAGGAGGACAGUGAGAAUGAACAGGACGACGAGAGCGGCACCGACGUGAGGAAUGAAGCGGAGAACAAGGAUUCGUCGCCUGAUCGACGGAAGACACCGAGGAGGGUCCAUUUUGGGGGUGAAGUGGUGAAAUUGAGGACCCCUGAUAGCGAUGAGACUGAGUCUAUUGAAGCAACGCCUAAAACUAGGAUUCCAGUUCCGGUUUCUCCGGCGACUAAGAUGCCUAAUACAUUGAACAGACCGUCUUCUCAGCCUUGUAGUCCUCGCAGGGAGGUUGGUAAACCGAGGAGAGCUGCUAGAUCGGUGUCCAGCAGUCCCAAAAGGGAAAUUUAUACGCACAACGCGGAGCUCAGUCCUAAGAAGAGUAUUCUGGCUAGGACCAGCAGUCCUGUAGUGGUUAGAUCAGCUGAAUCUAGGAGAAGGAGGAACGUGAACCGACUGGAGGAUAAGGAUGCCUCGGAACUGAAUAGGGAUAACGAGAAUCCUUCGAGGGUAUUCGCGAUUACCGAAGAGAUAGAGGAAGCGAGGAAAGAAGAGGUGAAGUUGGUUCAAAGUGGUCAAAGUAUUGGGAUGUUGGCUGUGAAUAAUUGGAUAAAUUCAGAGAACAGGGACGAGGAACAGAACGAAAUUGUGGUAUCAGAGAUCGCGGGGAAUACUUCGAAGAUUUCUCGUGAAUCGGAGGAUUCUUCAGGUAGGAAUAAAAAGGAAAUGAAGGAAGAGAGGAAUUAUCGAGAGAGGAAAAACGGUUCUCAUAAUAAAGUUGUUGAAAACGAUCAGAAGAAGAUCGUUGAUGAGAAAGUUCCAUUUGUUGAAAGUGUUCAGAAAAUCGAUCACUUUUUUGGUUCUCUGGUGGAAGACGAUGAGACGGAAUAUGGUCACGAUCAAGUUGGACAAUCUACCGCGAAUGAUUGGUCGUUUAAUGAAAAUGAGGUUUUAGAGGAUAAUGGGAUGAAUGGUGCGACGAAGGAGGACAAUGUAAACGGUGAACGAACGACGGAAGGUGAUCGCGAUAAGACGGUGGCGAGUACGAUUGAGAAAAAUGGGGGGAAUGCUGUUCGUGCUACUGGCGAGUUGGAGAACGUUUCGGAGGAACCCAGCUGGGAAGAUUUGGGAUUGGUCGACCAGGAGGUACUGGAGGAUUUGCACAAUAAAGAGGAUUGGCGAGCUCGUGUUAGGGGCUUGGAACGAGUGGCAUCGGCUUUACGAACGUCUUCUGCGCUGAUCGCGAUAGAGCCACGAUUAGGAUCUCUUUUACAUGCAGUGCUGGGCUGUGAAAGGAGCUGUCGAGUAGCUGCUGCUGGUCUGGCGGUGGCAAAGGUGGUCAUAACCGGCGUCAGCGAAGAGUCUUUGAAGGAACGGUUACCGCAAUUGGCCUGGGGUUUGGCGAGGCAAGGUGGACCUUGCGCCGCUCAAUUGGCUCGUUUAACGAUGCUCCGGCUCAGACCCACCCUUUUGUUGGAGCAGCUUCUGCAGCCGCAGUGUCUGAACGCCAGAAACGCAAAGACAAGAGAAAACACUUUGCAACUGUUAAUCUUCUCGUUGGUGACGUUCCCAAGCACGGAAUUCAAAGUGGACACGGUGGCCAACAAGGUGGCCAAAAUGGUCAGGGACAGACGACGCAGGGUACGACAGGCUGCACUGGACACUUUGGCUGUUUUAGCACAGAUAUAUGAAUCGGAGGAAGUACUGGCUGCUGGAAAACGAGCGUCGGGGGGACAUCACGAUGGCGAGGCGAUGGUCGCUGCUAUUCGGGCUCGCCUCGCCCGGAAGUCGUUGCCGUUGGUCUCCGCGGACGGCCUCGUUAUGUACGGUUUGCAAAUUUCGCCCACUGUCCAAAUAGCUACUGGUCCUGAUGUCGAUUGGAUCGUGGCCGGAAGUGGUUCUGUUUCACCUGGUAUCGGUCGUACCAAAGGUCAAGUUAUAGCAACUAGGACGGAAAAGGAAAAACUUGCAAGAAGCGAGAAUGCAAAGAGUUCCGAGAAUCCAUGGAUCGACAGGCCGAAUUUCGUGGCCCUUGGAGUCGGUAUGCGAUCCAGAACGGAUCAUCCGGUGGUUUGGCAAAUGGUGCCAACACCCAAUCAGAACCUUCAGAACGAAGAGAGUCUUGAGUCAACCCGAGAAGUUAAUACUAAUUAUUGUAAUGGUGAAGGCUCCAGUUACGACUUGAACUCAAGGAAUCGUUCGAGACUUCCGGCCGCGUCGAGGGAAUCGAAGAAUUACCGGAAUAUCGUCGAAGAAAAUUUUGACCAACAGGAACUUGACGAUAAAACAGAAUCCAGAAUCCCGGUGUUGUUCCCUCGUGAUCGGGCAGCAAAAGUCGGAUACGCUUUAGAUAAAUCUAUCAGUUUGGAAUCGAUUAAUUCGAAAAAGAGAUUGAAAGAGGCGGUAGAGCACGCUAAAAACAUGAAUUCUCGAGAAGCUAACGUUAGAUCUUGCGGAACUAUGUUCAGAAGAAAGAAGAAUCAACAGGAGAACAGUACGAACACUAGUCACGAUACGUUCUCGCCGAUAAAGCCUGUAAGCAGUGUAAAUAGAGAUAACAGUAACCUUUCGGACAACUCGAGCCAGGAUUACCUGGAUGUUACUGCAAGAAUAUAUCGCAAAUAUCUGGCGAAAGGCAGAGGCUCGAAGAGGUCUGACAACACGUCGAAUUUCACUCGAUCGAAUUCCACCGAAAGUCACCAAUCAUCGUUACCGAAGGGUGUUCAACAACAAACGUUCAUUAUGCACGAUAUGUACAAUACAGUUAACAGGAGACAGGGUCGAUUCGCGGACGAGAAUUCCUUUCGACCGUUGCAAACGGCUCCGGCACCACCGACACAGCCUUACAAUAAGUUUUUAGAUUCUAAUCAGAGGGACGGGGAGAUCGACGAUAGCAAUACGUUGUCCCGACCGAGGUUCUACAGCAGGACGAAGGACGCCGCCGCGCAGAAAAUGAACGAUGUCGAGUUAAUUUCAUCGGACACCCAGACAGGCGACCUUUUCCCAGCGAUACGCGUGAACGCGUCUUACAGAAGACGGUUGCGCUCGUUGUCACCGUCCCAGUUGUACCGUCGACAACAGUUUCCAAGAAUGGCUUCCAACGAAGUGCACACGAUGUCCAUGCACGAUAUAGAUAAAGCGGUGAACGAGGAAGAAUACAACGAGAAGAACAAGCACCACUUUCUGUUGGAGGAAAGAUACCAAGUGCAGGCGUUGAACACAUGUGAAACACAGUUUGAAGCGGAUGAUCAGGAACUGUCGUCGUCGGAUGCGUUGGAGAAUAAUGAACAAAACAGUGGGCAAGAUGUUCGCGACACCAGAGAAGACAGCGAGAGCAGAUCUUCUAGCCCCGAACGGCCAAACAUGGACUUGGCUUUCGACGUCAUCACUGGUCAGUCGAGUCCUCCUGGCGUGGACACGGUCGACUUUAUCAUUGCGUUGGACAAGAAAAUCGAGUCCGCGAUCGGUCCAACGAUCACUCCUGUCGACGACGAAGGUUCGAAAGGCUGGAGCAGCGAGGAGGAAUCGAAGUCCAGGCGUCAGAGUCGUUCGUGCUCGAGAAAUUCAGAGCAUUACACUGAGUUUCAUGAAGAAAAUCGAGACGAGAGCGAGUGCAGCGGUUCCGACGAGGCCCCGAAGACGGAAGAUGGGACGAUGAGCGCUGGACUAAGAUCGAUCGUUUCCGUUCUAUCCGGCGAACGGAUCUUGACCAGCGAAAGUCUGCAAACCACAGAGUUUCAAGAAAUCUCGAUAACACAAACUUCGCCAUUGAGACGAUCGAGCAGUCCAAAAAAACAAAGUCGACCGCCCAGUAGGAAUUCGGUCGAGUUCGAGGCGUUGAAGUCACCGAGACGGAAUUCUCGGAGCAGUUCGCGUAAAUUGAGCUUCAAUUUAGACGAUAAGGAACUCCCGGAUUCGGAAGAGAGGCUGAUUUCUUCCAUAGUACAGUGCGACGAUGAAUCUUUCGAAACGGUGGAGACGAUUCGGUCCGGCAGGGAGUCGAAAACGUUGGAUUCGCCGACAAUCAUCAUCGCCUCCAAGCCCCAUUCCAGUGAAGUUACCAAUUUCGUUGAGAAUCGUAUAGAAAUCGCUAUUCAAAUGGACGAGAAUGAUGACGACGAGAAUGGUCGUAGAUUUGUUAGUGAGUUUAACGAGAGCAACGAGAGUAACGAGAGCAACACUGCGGAAGAAGGCCAGGGUCGAGACAGCUCCAGUGAAACGAACACAGAGCCGGGAAUUUUGAAAAUCGAGACUGAACCCAUAGAACCGGUAGCUCGUCCCAGAAGAAUGCCAUCGAAAGUUCCUCGACCAACGAGAAGGUAUCGAAGCAAUGGACGAGGAACCUCCGACAAAAUGAAACCUGUGGUGCAACAGUGUUUCACCGAGCUAGAGAGUAAAGAAUGGGAGGUCGUCAUAAAGGGGUUGAAGACUCUGUCUCACGUUACGAAAAACCAACCGGAGUAUCUGGAUAUUGGUGUGGCGGCGACGGUGAAUCGACUUUUAGGUCAACAGAUAAAGAAUCUUCGGUCUCAGGUCGCUCGUACCGCGUGCACGACCGCCUGUGACGUGUUCAGUUCGCGAAUCCGUGGCAUAGAUCAGGACUUCGAGCAUAUAGCCGGUCCGCUGCUUCACAGAACAGCCGACACGAAUCGAUUCCUUCGGGCGGAUUGCAACGCAGCCCUGGAUCGCAUGAUCGAGCAUCUUCCCCCUCAUAAAACGAUCGGCGUGAUUGUUCAGCGUGGUGCUGGCCAUCAGAACGCUAUCGUGAGGGCAGCGACCGCCAGAUUAUUGGCCUCCAUAGUCGAUCGAAUAGGACCGGAGCACACGAUGAUAUUGCCGCGAGAUGUAAGGGACAAACUACUGAACACCGGCGCGAGAUUAUUGAUAGAUGGGAAUUUGGACGCCAGAAACCACGCGAAAAGAAUGUUUCGACGUCUAAUGCGCUGCGAGGGGUUCCAGAAAGCUUUGACGGAAGCGGUACCGGAAACGACGUUAAGGCACAUCGACAAGACCCUAAAAAACCUUUAA